GACAUUUUGAGUGGAUGGUUUUAAACUAAGUUUCACAGUCCUGGUCUGCGAAUUGGUCUUCACAUGUUCAUCCCAUAAUGAGUACCGUCACUCUAAGAUGGAUAGGCGAUUUAGAUCAAGACAAACGUGAACAAGCUGGGUGUGUCAGUUCUUCAAGCGACCAAUAUCGCCCAAAAAAAAUAGAACUAAAGCCUGGCCAAAAAGAAAUCCGCAUUGGACGUAUUAACACGAAAAUCCCCCCUGACUAUCCAAUCGAAAGCUGCAUUAACAGCCGAAUGAUAUCACGAAAUCAUGCAACUAUAGAACGCUCGGCCAAAGGAGGUUCAAUUCUCUAUGAUCAUAGUAUGAAUGGGACCUACGUCAACUACACAAGAGUUAUGGGUGGGGUGACGCUAAAACAUGGAGAUAUUGUGUGUUUUGGGCAUUUAAAUGGGGCAAACCUUAAGCCUGGGGAGCCAGUAGCUCUCUUUUAUUCCGACUUGAAGUAUCGAGUGGAGCUAAGUGAUUCACCAACUAAGGAAAAUGUUGUAACUGGAACAGCCAAAAAACGCAAGUCUUAUCCCGCUCAGCCAGGUUCAACAGUGUCCUCUACUCAACGUUCUGAUGGGGAAGAUGAUUCUAUUGGGUCUAGUGAUGAGUCCACGGAUGCCAAGCGACCUAGAAGUAAUACAACUUCAAGUGCACAACGCACAGCUAACCGUCAAAAAUUCAAAAAGCCUGCUAGUUCAAAUCGUCAUAAGGUAGAUGAAGAGGAUGAUGGAGACAGCAAUGAUGAUGCUGAUGAUAGUUCAAGCAACAAACGAUUAAGUUCUGCAGGUUCCAAAACCAUCAAAAAACGCUCAAACGGUACGGAUAGAGUUAAAAAGUCUCAUUCUAAUUCUGUUUCACGCAAAUCUAGUGGAACAAAACCCGGUCAUAUACAUAAUAAAGAAAAACGCCGCUCUGGAAAAUCCAGCAAAUCUGGAGGUUUCGAUGCGGAAGAUGAUGCUGGUGGGGGUGAUAUGUUUCAUUAUGACAGUGAGGAGUGUUCAGCUAGACCAUGCAAGCAGCCUCAAGAUAUAGCAAUAGAUUGGAUUCAAUGUGAUCGUUGUACUCUAUGGUAUCAUCAAGUGUGUGUGGGAUUAAAGCCCAGUGAAGCAAAUGUAGAAACUUAUUAUUGCCCUUAUUGUAAAAAAUAACUAUCCUAAUCGGGGUCGGAUAGGUUACCUAUUUCUGAUCACCUUUGUCCGUGUACAUAGUAAAUAAAAUGAAUUUUACUCCCAGAUGUCAUGACUGAGAACGAUCCUGGCAAUCUAACCAGUUUGUUGAUAUUUUCAUGUUCGCAUUUGGAUCGAUCUCAUUCAUUUAUCUUUCCAUCAGAUAUUGUGACAUUCUUUUGUCUCGUUAUUUCUUUCUUGUGGUUUAGCCCUAAUGUAACUUUUCAAACAGCUAUUCUAAUUCGUGAUUUAUGUGAAUAAAAUUACUUGAGCAUCUGUUUGUCUGUUACUCUUUUGUAUACUGACAUAAAGAUAUAUGUACAUACAUUAACUAAAAAACAUUGUCUCUAGUCUUUUAUAUUCUAAUUUUUAUUCGACACAGGUUUAUUAUUUUGUCAUCUUUAUCUGAGUAGUUGCAUCACUGCUGUUGAACAUAAAACAUUUCUUGCGUUAGGAUAUCAACGUUACCAACAAUUGUUUUCCUCAUCUUCAGUCUUUUAUAGUUGCGUUUAUUGACUUUCAUACUUUUACACUGCCUGUUCACUGUUCGUAAUAAAUAAUAUGGUAUUCAAUCAGUUUGUUUUGCACUUUAUCUGAGUAUAUGCGUAAAUUUUGUCUGUCUAUUCGUGAUCGUUCAUCUUGAUCUUAAUGCUGCUUGUUACGCAUGUAUUUACUCGCUGAGAAUCCUACUAUAUGUGCAAAACAAUAAAAUUUCCAGGUCAGCGUGUUAAUUUUCACUUUUAAUCAGUACCGCUUGGUUUCCCCAGUAUAGUCAAUGCACCUCUUUUCUUUAUCACAUACAUUUCUAUCCCUCUUAUUAUAUGCUAUUCUUCCUACUCCUCAUGAUCCGCUGUCCUCCUUUAGGUGGUUUGGUUCAGUACGAAUAAAUCUCUAAAUCGGACGUCAGAUUUAUAUUCAAAAAUGAGAAUCUUUGUGUCGAAAUAAUGUUUAGUGUCGAUGUGAAUAUUACAUGGUUAUGAAGUCGGUAUUGAUUCAAGCUAAGAGAUGGGACUAUGUACAAGUUAUGAAAGUGUUCUUGAGCAUCUUAGUUAAUAACUUCUUGAAGAUAAACAAUAGCUAUAGUAAGUUACACUGUAGGGAUCUUAGCAUAACUUAUUUACACUUCACGUUACGAAUCUGUUUUGAAAUCGAGGAGUCACUGGUUGCGAACUUUGAUUGUAUCUAAGGUCCAGUGUUCUACUGAAGAAUGAAGUAUCAGAGGAUUCGUCUAUUCAUUGUGAAAAUUAGUACAACGGCUACUUCUUGUUCUAAUCUAAGGCGUCGUGACUUCGGUAGCAAAUUUGAGCAUCCCAACUAAGGAUAAUGAGUCAUUUUAGGUAUACAUAACUAGAAGUCAUAUUUUUAGGUGUUGUAGUUGCACGUUAUUAAAUAAGUGACCUGAUAGCAGUCUAUGAAGUCACUGAGUAACAUUUUGAACUACGUAGGUUACUGCAUGGAUUUUGGGGAAUAAGAGUGAUAAUUCUACAUUAUUUUUCUAAGUAUAUUUGGUUCAGAAAGUUCGCUUGGCUUUUGCCAGUCUGAGCCACCUGUAGCGUGGUCGAGAUGUCCGUCUGCCAACCAAAGAAUGACCACACCGCUAAUUAGUUCGCUUUAUUGCUGUUAAACACUAAAAAAGUAAAGAACAUUCAUAGGUUACCGGUAUCUCAUCAUGUGUUCAAAGUAUUGCUCACGUAUUUUGGGAUCACUGAGUGAAUAACGCUGAGUUUAGAUGUAGGGCACCAGGUAAGGUUGAUAAGACUGAAUGUUUAUCGAUUUAUGUGGCGUGUAUUAUGUAUGGACAAACACCAUGUGCCUCGACGGACAACGUUGUUUAUUGUGGUUGUAAGUUGAAGUAAGGGUAGGGGGCUCCAGACCAAAAAGUGACAUAAAGUUCAUGGCGUGAGACGUAUCGGUAGAUGCAGACUACCUGGUUGGGGUCUGCGAUUUCUGUAACCUCUGGUUAAAUACUUGAAUAACAUGGCUCAGAGUCGAUCUUAACUGUCAGAUCAUUUAUUCUUGUGCAAAAACUAGAUUUCCUCACUUCCUACCACGUAAUUGGCCAUAAAUUUUAUUAAAAUGAGCAACAUUUCGACAAACCCUAAAAACUCAAGUGGAUUAGACGAUAAGCAUAUAACUUGCCCAUAAUCAUAUCCUUACUACCGACUACUCUGGAAAUAGAGUCCCUAUGAUCUAGUAGGAAGUCACAACCAGUGGAGUUUAAUCAUAUCUAUAAUGAGGCACAGUCAUCAUCGAUCGAGUAAGGCAGUCGUUGCGCUUUGUCAAAAGUUAACUGAAUUCGAGAAUGUAAACCAUUAGGCCGUUGCUCCGUGGUCUAAAAGUAUCAUCCUCACCUCGAUACAUACAGGGUUUCGACUUCAGUCUUGUGUGGGGUAAUGUACGUGAGUUCUUAGUUCAAAAAUUACUGGGAUACGAUAGCUCCUUUCGAAUUGACCUAAUCCUCACAAACCACAGAAUUGAACAAUUAUCCAUAUAAACUUGCAAUCUGAUGUAACUGGUCUAACAUUUGCUACAAAAUAGAUAGCAAGUAAGCGAACUGUUAACUUGAUACUUAUAGAUUAUGCACUAAACAAUUUGAUCGUACAAACCAAGUAAUAUGAAGUAAUCUGGUUCAGUUCCGUGGAUUUUUAUGUGAAUGUUAUCGUCUAAAAUUCCAUCUUAUCUAUUUUUUCUCUGUAGUUACGAGGCAUUCCAUCAACUCAGUAUGGCGUUAUGUCCCGUGCUAGAUGUCAUAUUCACUUAGUUUUAUAAAAUAAAGUCUCAGAAAUAUAUCACUUGUUUUGUUAAUUACCUUUGGUUGCUUCUGAAAAAGUUGGCAGCUCAAAGGAUCUUAUAGAGUCCUAUUUAGAGUUGAAAUUACACUCACUUCGUUCAUCCGAUUCGAAGCCAAUAAAUCCCCAUACUGUAACAAAAGUGCAACCACUUCAUGAUCAUGUGAAUUUAUCCAAUAAUGUAUCUAAAUCAAAUGUUGUUUCCACACCUUUACCUUCUUCAAUUUUCUAUGAACCUUGGCAUUCUAUGUGGAAAUUUAUUAGAAUGAAUCCAAUCUAUGGAAUAGACGGCAAAACUUUACCACUGAAAUCUAUAUUAUUUAUGGAUCCUAAGUAUAUUCCACCUAUUCAUUCAAUCUCAAAGAUUGAUAAUACAAAUCUGCUCUCUUCUACUGAUUUGGAUUUCUGCUACGAAGCUCUAUUGUUUAUGACACAGGCUUAUGAGACUGUUGUACGAGUAACUUUAUUUAAAGACUCAAAAACGGAAAAUGGCGAGUUUAUGUGUUGUUGUGAUCCGUACUUGAAUUUACCGUGUCGUUUUGGUAUCACUGAAUUGGCAUCAUUGGAGGACUUUGUAAAACAACAUAUUUGGUCAUCCAUAUACAAACAAUUUGCAAUUGAUGAAUGAAUUUCUUUGUAAUAUAUAUCUGGAGUGAGAGAUUCCAUAUUUUCCUUCAAAUGAUUUUUUUGUACAGAUUACCUAUGCUUUAUUCUAUUUUGGUUGAGAUAAUUGACUUAUGUGUUAAUAUCCUCUUAAUGAGUAAACGAGUACUUCACACCUGAAUUGUGGACUUUACUGCUAUCCAAUGAACGGUCAUGCAUAUAACAGCUAGAAAAUAAAAAAGGUCGUAAUUCGGGUUUUUUGAAAUGUUCGUACUAUCGAAUACAAACAAAAAGUCUAAGGGUUAUUUUCGCAACGUAUAUUAGUCGAC